AGUCCGCACCGGGCUGCCGGGAGGGGGUGUGGCGACGCCGACGGCCGGCCGACGAGGGAAGGUUGUUCGGCGGGCGAGCGUACGCGGCCAGGGGUGACUGCAGGUGGCGAUGGAGGAGCGGUGAAGCCGGGGCCAGCCAGAGAGAGCCCGGCCAGCGGCGGGCCAGUCCGCCCGACGGACGAUGGCCGACGAGCCGGAGAUCAUCCCGCAGACGUUCCUCGAGAAGCUGCUCUUCUACACCACCGCCUUCUUCGUGCUGCUGGGCACCUUCAGCCUGUUCGCCUUCCUGUUCCUGGUGCCGUUCGUGAUCGAGCCCGCCUUCACCACCAUCUUCAUGGAGUUCGAGCCCGAGGCGGCCAGCUGCCGCACGCUGGACGUGGAGACCCGCCACGGCGUGUCCAACUGCAGCUGGAGCAGCUGUCGCGAGGGCUGCACCAAGGAGGUGUACGAGUGCACGCAGAUCCGCGUCAACUACAAGGUGUCCUCGCCGCCCGACGACGACGAGGUGGCGAGUGAGCUGCGCCAGCUGCGGGAGGAGGCCGUAGAGGUGGAGCUGCACGAGUACCUGCGCAACAAGAGGUCGACGACCCCGCGCGGAGGCAGCAGCUACCUCUACUACAUGCGCGCCCUGCGGCGGCUGGUGGGGGGGCCCGAGCCGCGGCGCUACCGGCGCGCCAUCCGCGACUACGACUACCCCAUCGUCGAGGAGGAGGAGGUGUUCGAUCUGCAGCCCGAGGAGCCGGAGGACCUGGAGGAAGAGCGCACCGGGCUGAUGGGAAACGACUCGGAGUGGUACUACGUCGGCGCCAAGCUGUUCCCGAACGUGAAGGGCUGCGGGUACCCGCCCAUGCUCAACUGCACCAUCUUCCUGAAGAAGUACAAGGAGGUGGGCACCAAUUUCUCGUGCUACUGGAGCCACAUCGACCCGGGACUGGUGAUCAGCGACCUGGACAUGCACCAGGUGUACAUGAACCUCGUGUACGCCAUGGGGAUCCCCAUACCUUCCUUCAUCGCGUCCGUCAUCUACCUCACGUUCGCCUACUUCAAGAUCUACAACGAGGACGAGGAGGAGGCGCUGGUGAAGGACGACGGCGACGGCGACGGCGACCCGGAGAAGGCGGGCAGCCCCACGGCGCAGCUGACCAGCGGUGCCAUCACGCCCGGCAGCGAGGUCUUCCGCGAGGACCUCAUGAGCUUCGGCCACCAGCUGAAGGUGGCCAUGGCGGACGAGAUGAGCCGCGAGAGCUUGGGCGACGCCGUGUCCGCCAUCGGCAACUCCAACUCCGUCACCGGGAACAUGGCCAGGUCGAUGACCACGAGCAUCUCCGCCUCCCACGGGCCAAUCGCCAACGUUUGAGGCGGACCCGCGGGGUGGGCCAGCCAACCAGAGCAGCGAGUCCCCGGCUGCGGCAGGCCAGUCCUCCGUCCCCUGGAGCGCGCGAGUUGUUCCGUUAUCUCUUCUUCAGCGUGCUGCACUACACUCGGCCAAGUUCUUUCAACGCCUCAUGGGACAGAUAUACCUACAACAAUCUCGAUAACCUUAUCAUUUGACACAAUUCCCUCAACAGAUCAUGUCAAAGCAAAAUUGACCACGAUGAGCACUGGUGCGCCUGGCUUCAGGGAACGGAAUGCCCAGUGUGCUCUUAGGCACUAACCUGGGUGGGGCGGCAACCCGUGCACAGAGCGUAAAUGGAGCCACGUGCAACCAAUCAGGACCUACGAGUGCUUUGCAUCGAAAUGGCGUGCUGUGUCAUUUCACAUCUGUAUACUUGCCUGUUCUGUGAUUGUGUCGCUUGGGCCAUUAUGCCUUCUGGAGCUCGAAUGACGGACGAACAAGUGUCAAGUUUAGCCCUUGUCGAUGUCGAACUAGCAUAUCUAUGCUUAAGUUUGCUGAAACCUUUUGACUUCAUUGGGGGCAGUUAUUGCUCACAAUUAGUAAAUUGUUUCCAAACAUGCAAUCAAAACAUAUAAGGUACUGAUGAAUUUUUAUUGCAAAUCAGUAUUUUGAAUAUAUUAAAUUAUAAGUUACCCGAUGAAACAUUAUGUUGAGAGGCGCUUUAUUGUUUAAUUUGUAAUAUAUAUAAAUUUUUUUGCAAUUUGUUAAUAAAUGCGCAACAAUUUUGAUGUAUUUGGCCGUUAUUUCGUCCAUUUUUCACAGACAUGAUAAAAAGGACCAAGUCGAAAAAAUAUUUUUCAAAUGUACACAAGCAAGUUUGUAAACUAAUUUAGAUGAUAAUACUAAGCCUAGAAGAAGUUUCUGUCACGAGUUCUCACCUUUUCCUCAACUAAGGAAACCUAAGUGUUUUUAUUUGGCCAUACCUGCAAUAGUAUCAACUAUCAAGGAAAAGGAUACUAAAGGAACCUAAUUUAUAUUUAUAAUUGUCUAUGACUCAUCUACCAUCCCUGUGAUCAGCUUAGCUUGUAUUUGAUGUAAAUAUGCCACUUCCUUAAUAAUUCAGCAUUUGUUUUUAUAUAGGUAGUCUUUAAACUGUUACAUUUACUUUUUAUAUAUUUCAUGUAAAUGUUUGUCUAAUACAAAUCAAAUUUUUUGUACCAACUUGCACACAUUCCGAGUGCAAACAUUUCUUUCAUGCUGUAACAAUCUACAUAUAAAGACAUGGAAUGUGUGUUGAUGUUAACAAUGGAUUCACCUGCAUUUUCCCAAGUUAGCACAAAACCUGUACAGUGUUUGGAACUGUAACUUGGAAGUAGCCAGGAGUUGUGGGAGAGCCAAACAAAGCUUUAUCAAGAAUAAAUUUUUGAUAGGCCUGUUUUUGGGGGUUUGAGGAGAGUGGUCUGGAAAGCCUCCUUCCUCCCCUUCCCACCCUCACCAUUCACAGAAAAGUGUUAGGUCCGGUUUUUCUCCCCCAGAAAAGUUUUCAAAAGAUGAUCCUUUUUAAAAACAAUUUUUUUUGCUAGUUUAUUACCUUCAAGUGCUUUUUUUUUUUAAAAAAAAAACGUGCAAUUUUUUAAUUAAAUGUGACACUUAAGAACCAUAGAUCCUUACAAUACAUACUUACUACUUAUGCUUAUGAGUGUGUUCAAAUAUGUGUUGUAAGUGGAGGUUAAUUACUCUAUAAUUUUUCAUAUUCAAUGGCCAUAAAUUAAGUAAUAUAUUCGUUAUUUUGAGCUGAUUAGUGAGUUUCCUUAGAAGUAGCCCCUCCCUGCCCCACCCUUGAACUGUAAUAUCAUGUAAAAUCCGAGCUCCAAUAAAAUUAAUCUUUAAGUUCACUUUUUGUAGAAAAAUGAAAAAUACUGAGAACAGAUAUAAAGCAAAAUAAAAUUUGUUUGGAUAAAAACAGUGAAUAGGAUGUAUAUACAUAAAAGUAUGUGUAAACCAUGUAUACAAAAUCAGAAAUUUUUGAAAAUGAGUGGCAUUAUGCAACUUUCUAGUGAUAAUUGUGAAUCACUACAUAGUAUAAAACAAAGUUGCUUCCCGCUGUCUGUCUGUCCCUAUGUAUGCCUAGAUCUUUAAAACUACGCAACGGAUUUUAUUGUGAUUAAUUUUAAUAGAUAGAGUGAUUCAAGAGGAAGGUUUAUAUGUAUAAUACAUGGAUAAUAUAGUAGAGAAACACUGAUAAUUUUAGAGGUUUCUAAUGUGAUGUCGUAAAUAAACACAUUCUUUUUGCGCUUACAUUGCAAACGCUGGCUGAACCCUACGAGAUAGAUCAAAAUAAUGUACUACAGUAUUGUACACCUUUAAAAGGUCUACAAAAAAGUCCGGGAUGGUAUAUGUCUAUCUCUUAGUGAUAACCCACAAUAAAAAUUUUUAUCCUUUACUUUUUACGAGAAAUAAUGGCUUAUUUACGAAGCGAUUUUAAGCAAUACAGCAUUAAUCCUUAUCCAAUUAAGUACCUUAAAUACAUUGUGCAUUUAAAAUAGAUCAAUAUGGCCCUUCACAGCAUGUAAUUUAAAUGAAUAUUUUCGAAGAUAUUACAGAUUUAAAAUGCAGGGACAUAGCGGUUGCGGCGGUACCGGCCGGGGGGCCGGCGGCGCGUGCCUAUAAAUAGCGCGUCGAAGGCCGCGCUUCGCCCUACAACACUUUAUGAUUAGCAGCGAUCGCACGCGUUUAACGUUGCAGGCUUAGAUUUGAGCAUUGAGUGUUUUUCACAUGGCCAAUUAUAUGUCACUCUUUCAAGAGUAACCUCUAAAGAAAACAUGUUUGUAUUGUCUAAUGACCAAAAAAAGCUGUGAACAUUGUAUAUAAAGACAUUCCUUAGUAUAUUUAGUAUCAGCAUUGCACCCGUGCUAAGUCGGGCGGGUCGCUGGUACACAGAUUAAUCAAGAAUUUUAUUAUUUCUGAAACAAUUAGUUGGACACGAAUGAUAGAGAGCCAUUAGCAAAGAACAGUGAUUUAUAGUGAAAUGACACAGAUUAUAAACCCUUAACCAGUUCAUUAUUUAAAAUGCUUUUCAUCUUUCCUAAUUAUUGCAAAUAAAAAUGUUUGUCGCAGUUAAAUAAAUGUUUUUAAAACCCUAAAAAAAUAUCAUUAAUUAUUUAUUCGAUGAGAGUUACAAUUUAGAGUUCAAAACGUGUAGUAGUAAGAUAAUGGAAUGAAAGACGAAAAACAGCAAUUACAAAACAAUAAAGCAUAUUACAGCACCAUUGCCUGUCGCUUAGAAGCCAUAAACAGCGUGCUGUUCAGGAAAAUAUCUGAUUGUUUGGACAGGCAGUUGUUGACUCACAUCUGUGUGGUGUGAAGGAGUAUUUGGAAUGUCGGUUCCAGCGGAGUCUUUUCACUUGUAGUACUUCAAAACAAUACAAAUUUUUCUUGAGCUCUAGGUGUUUGAAACUUUGUUUUGAGUGAGGGAAAGCCAGGAUACAAAAAAUAAAGAAAUGUGAAUGCAUUACUUUCUUGAUUAAACUCCGUCUAAAUAUGAUGCAUCAAAGACAUAAUGGUUAGUUAUAUCAUCCCUCUUCAAUUAGAAUAUUCAUAUCACUGUAUUCAUUUUGAGAACUGUGGUUAGCGAAAUUCAUUGUAAGACAUUCUGUAGCAAUGUCGAAAUGACAGAUGGAAGGCUGGUCACGUGCUAUUGGUUAUCAGUGUGACAUACCGCAGAGGCGCGCUGCUCUGUUGAAUUGCUGCAUUUACAUGGACAGCUAGUUUAAAAAUUUUUUAAGUGAAACACUGGAACUUAUUUAAGUUUUAUUUGACAGGCAAUGUGCAAUCACACAUUAAUGGAAUAGGUACUAUAUUUUAUUGAUUAUCUUUGACAAAAAUUUGAGGAUAACUGUAACGUAAUAAGUAACAAUAAAAACCUAUGUGUGACAAUAUGUUUUUGCAAUUAGUGUAAGAUAUAUAUUAUAUUACUUGAUAAAAUUCACUUCUUAGGCAUGACAUGUAAGUACUCAUUUCACCUGAAUGUGACAUAAAUGAGAUGAAGCGACAACAGACUGAAGCUGUAUAAAAUGAGAAACCAAACCAUUGGCCAAUAUUGUUAUGUUCCUCACUUGCAAAACCAUUAUCAGCAGUGUUAGCAAAAAUGGUAUUCUGGUUAGAAAUUCAUCGAGAUGAGUUCCAGAGUCCCCGAGAGGAGAAAACUGACCCUUUAACAAGUUUCAGUUCUGAUACAAAUAACAGCCAUGUUGCAGUAAAUUGGUAAAGUCUUCUUUUCACUCAGAGUAUUUAAUGACUGUUGACAUCAACACACAUGGACAAAUCUUUUAAAGUUUGCUACCCUGGAAGAGUGGUAUGAUUGUUGCAAUGGGAUAUAUAAUUAUAACCAGUAAAAUUGCUUAAAAAAUGCUUUUGUGAAGAAAAUUUUUUGUCCUACAUUUAUUGUUUAUGAAAAUUCUGCUGCAAUGUAAGCUUACUUUUAUUGGAAAUUCAUACCUAACAAAACACACAUUCUCAUAACUUACUAAUGUUUCAUAAAUGCAAUAAAUGUUAUUUUAUUUACUGUAUUUCUAGCUUAAGUAACUCUUUGAGAGUGUUCUUGCUUGAAAUCAAAAUGUCUGUGAUUUGUAAUUAAGUGUGUUGCUAAAGUUAAAUUCUGUAAUAAAAUUGUUGAUUGCAA